AUGAUUCCAAACUAUCCAUGGGAGAAGCGGAAAACAUAUCACAUCGAUACCGAUAAUGCUGCAACUGUAGCGUACACACCCCACGCAAACUUAGUGUCACGUGAUGAUGCCGUUGCCUACUCUAUAUGCAUGGUAAUCUUGCAUACAACGAGUGCGGAGAGAAGGGGAGGGGUAUUUAUCCAUAACGCUGUGAUGCAGCCAUCUACACAAUUCUGUAGACGUCGUAAGCAUGCUGUGAAUGGGGUCCUUGCUCGGCGGGCUAAAAAGUUAAUUAUUCGAAACUUCAGAUUUCGCAAGCAAGGAAGCGAUAUGCCCGAAACCGAUGCUAAUGUUCGAAAUCCAGAUGAUACAAAUUUAAAAACUGGGGACAACAACAGCGGUAAUAUCCAUGAGGAGUGUAAAGGAUUGAAAACUGCUGAUAAAGAUACUGAGGAUGAGGAUUGUAACAGACAUCUGGCGAAAAUAGCAAUACAGCGGGAAGUCAAAAAUCGGGUAAAACUCUAUGUGCUUUGCGAUCAACGGGUGUGGGAUGACAAGGGUACAGGGCACGUCGCAUGUAUACCAUCUCCGGAACAUCAAGGCGCUACUUUCAUUGUGGUUCGUUUAGAGCACAGCGAAAAGAAUAUACUGGAAUCAAGAAUCCUUAUGGAUACUAUCUAUCAAAAGCAACAGGUAAGUGCAUAUUAA